AUGUCUUCGGAAACCCCGAUAAAAAAUGUCACCCUCGUCGGUGCCUCCGGCAACCUGGGCCGCGUCCUUCUUUCCCACCUCCUCAAAACCAAUCUGCACAUCACCAUUCUCCAACGCGCCUCCUCCAAAUCCACCUACCCCUCCCAUCCCAACCUCACCAUCACCACCGCCCCUUCCUGGUCCGUCCCCGAACUCACUCUGGCCCUCCACGGUCAACACGCCGUAAUUGCCGCCUUCCCCCUCCGCGACCUCCCAGCCCAUCUCACCCUCGCCGCAGCGGCCUACGCCUCCGGCACAGUAACCCGUUUCAUCCCGGCCGACUACGGCAGCGUAGAUGCCCGAAGCAAAAGAGCGCAGGAUCUUGUACCCUUGUUCGGCAAGAAGGUGCAGGUUCGCGAGACACUGGAGAUGUUGAGCGAGGUCAGCGGAGGCCGUCUAAGCUGGACCAGUCUGGUCAACGGCCACUUUUUCGACUGGGGCUUGACCAACGGAUUCCUGCAUUUCUAUCCGUUCGGACAGCCUCCGAGGGCGCAUAUCCUCGGCUCCGGGAACGAAAAGAGCUCCCAGGCGACGCUGGGGCAGGUGUCAAAGGCCGUGGUGAGUAUUUUGACGGGUGACGCUGGACAUCUCGAGAAGACGAGGAACAAAGUCCUCAUGUUGCAGUCGUUCCUCGUCUCUCAGAAUGAGGUUGUGGAUGUGCUGGAAAAGGUGACGGGCAACAAGUACGAAAGGCAGUAUGUCGAUACGGAGGAAUAUAUCAACGAGAGGAAGAGGGUGGCGGAUGCAGGGGGGGAGGGGGCAGGAGAGGCAAUUGAGGAUCUGGUCUUUGCGCUGGGGGUGGUGGAAGGGGAUUGGACGAACCGGCAGGAGUAUGCGAUGGGGCUGUUGGGCUUGGAGGAGGAGGAUUUGGAGGCGGUGGUCAGGAAGGCGCUGGAGGAGACUGAGGAGGGGAGGAAGUUGUUGGCUGGGAGCGGAAACUACCUGUAGAGGAGGAGUGAAGUUGGAGAUGGUGGUUCCCGUCAAUGUAUGGACGUGUGUUUGUUUGUCUUUCUCAAAAGCUAGAGGUAAUGAUGCGCCUCGGGAAAGCUGGAUCACGAACUGGCGGAAACAGCGGUAAUGGGACGGGAAAUGAGAAAGAGAUCUCGCCAUCUCACCGAGCAUCCCCAACAACCAGUCCUAGAGGUACGAUUAUCGGCCGGGGGUUCAUGAAGCAAGAAGCGAGCACGGGCCUCUCGCAAACAUCUUACGAUCUGGAGGCUCCACAGGGACACUGAACCACUGCAGAUCGGACAAAGGGGCCUAUCCUGCCGUGCCUUCCAUUUGUGCUGGCCGG